AUGGAACGGAGGUCUAGAGAAAGGGGUAAAUUUGGUGGAUAUCUUGAAAAAGUUCUCAACAAUUCCACAUCGUACGUUUUUACGAAUUUUCCAUUUAUUACUGGUGUUUCAGCCUUGUGGCAGAUAUUUCAACAAUGGGAGAAGGUGGUUAAUGUUUUCAUAUCUCAAAAGAGUGAUAAACUAGGACGUCGCUUUGAUUUUGUGCAUUUUAUGGAAGUGGCGGAUGCCAAGAGUUUGGAGGCUAAGCUUAAAUCUAUUAUCAUUGGCAGAAUGCGCUUAUAUAUCAACUUGAUGAGGCAUGCAAGGGAGAAAACUGUGGGUACAAAGGUGUCUGCGGAGGGCAAUAAAACAAGACUCUCCUUUGUCAUAGGAACUACAAAGACAUCAAGGAAUACGUAUGCAGAAAAGCUUAAAGCACCCCGUCUAAUUGAGAUACACAAAGGGCAGAAGUGGGUGAAAAAGAAGAAACCUUGGGCUCACCUUGAGUUUGAGGUGGAUGAGGGGCGAAUUGAGGAAUGUAGAGGUGCUAUGGUCGAACGCCUUUAUAGAAAACAUGAUUUAAAAAAUAUGCGAAGGGCUCUUCUGCGAGAAAGUAUGUUGGAUAUUAAUCUCACGACCAUGGGUGAUGAUAUGGUGUUAGUGAAAUCUGAUGCGGGGGUAGAUUUAGAGGAUACAAUAUCGCUCAAGAAAUUGUGGUGGGAGAAAUGGUUCUAUGAUCUACGAGAGUGGCACCCAAAUGUGGUAGCUGUGCGGAGGGUGACUUGGGUACGGUGUUAUGGGGUCCCUUUGCAUGCUUGGAGUGAAUUAUUCUUCCGUAAGUUGGUUUCUUCGCUUGGUGAUUUUAUCCAGAUAGACCAAGUCACGACAAAAAGACGACGAUUGGAUUAUGGGAGGAUACAAGUAGGUACUACUAUUGCUGAGCUUAUCAAGCAAAACAUUACAAUGAAAGUCAAUGAUCGUUUUUACUCAAUAGUCAUGCUUGAAGAGCAUGCCUGUGACGUAGUAGCCGUAACAGAGGAAGACGUGGCUAACUCUUCUGAGGACGGCAAUGACUCAUCCGAGGACGGCAAUGACUCAUCUGAGGUUGGUUCAAUGAAGUUGAAAGCGUUGGAUAACUAUUCUAGUGAAAAGGAGGGUUUGGGGGCUGGUGGUAUGGAUGCUAUGGGUCCGACGGUGGCUAUCUGUGAUGCUGUGAAUGAUGAGCCUUCUAAAAAUGUGGAGAGGGGAGUCCCAAUAGUAAGAGAUGAUUUGAAUUUGUCAGACUCAUUUGGAUUAUAUGCAUUGAUUUGA